AUGCCCCUGGAGGAGUUUGAGGUGCUGGACCACCUUGGCAGGAUAUUUUCUGUCCUUCAGACAUUACCUGAUGCGACCAAAGGGAGUGAAAAGAGCCCUGGGAAGACAUGGCGGGUGGAGGGUGAGAAGGUGGUUCUGGUGACAAAUCCCAAGUUCUACAAGAUCGAGGCCUCCAGCAAGAAGAGGCAAGGCUACCUCAUAGAGGGAAGCAGAGGGAUGGCAAGGGGGAAGGCAAGGGUAUGGGUACAGAGGGAGACAGUGAUGAAUUCUGUUCAUCCAGUUCCCCAUGUAUCAAUGAUGUGGUGCCAACUUGUGGUGCACUCUGUGCACUCAGUUGAUGCACUUCAAGGGGUUGAGCAUGCUCCGAGGAGGAGUGGUCAGAUGGGAACAUUGGGGCUUUGGUGCUUGAUCAAUGUUCAUUGGUGUUUGUUGCUGUUUGUUGGUGUUCAUUGGUGUUCGAUGCGGUUCGUCCUGCUGUAUGGACCUGUGGAUGUCCAAAUUAGGUCGAUUGAGGUGGUCCUGAGGGGGGACGAAACACCGCUUCAAGCGAUCCUGGCAUGCUCUGAGGAGGAGUGGUCAGAUGGGAACAUUGGUGAGUCAGGCAAAGAUGUGUUCAUCCUGCUGUACGGACCUGUGGAUGUCCAAAUUAGGUCGACUUUGGUGGUCCUAGGGGGGACAAACACCACUUCAAGGGUCCAGCAUGCCAUGAUGGGGAGUGGUCAGACAGGAUCAUUGGGUGUCCCAGUCAAUGUGGACAGGGGCUUUGGUUCUGGAACAGUGUUCUUCAGGUCAAUUGCAAUUGAGCUAGGGGGGAUGAACACCAUGUCAAGCAGCCCAGCAUGCUCCAAGGGGGAGUGGUCAGAUGGGAACAUCAGAAUGUUAUAA